ACACUAUCAGUAAUGUGAUGAAUGGUAAAAAUAUGGUCAUCAAGAAGACUAACCUGCCAGACACUGUGGUUUGGAAUCCCUGGCUUGAGAAAGCCAAGACAAUGUCUGACUUUGCUGAUGAUGAAUACCACAAUAUGAUAUGUGUAGAGGCUGGAAAUGUUAAAACACCAAUUGUGUUAUCACCUGGUGCUGAAUAUGAAGCUUCCCAGAUAUUGUGUGUACUUGAUAAAAUAUUGGACAGUCAUAUUUAAGGUGUUAGUCAC